AUGUCUUCUCCGUCCGGCCGCAGUUCUGCGAGAAUGAUCGCCCUCCUGGUCGCCGUGAUGGCCGCCGCCGUCGAGCCCCACAUGAUCAUGGCGACUCCCAAGCCGUAUGGCAACCCCGACAACUCUCCUCUGACUUCAAGCAACUACCCCUGCAAGGUCACUAGCGACCCGGCCACUUUCUACAAGACCGAUGGUAUCAUCGACCAGAACACCAUGGUCGCUGGUGAGAACCAGACCCUGUCCUUUACUCCAUCUGCGGAGACCUCUUGGAGGGUCCUGAUGAGCAUCGAAUCCGGCUGUCCGUCCAAGGACGGCAGCGGUCCUAGCACCUAUGACUAUACGAUACCAGCCGAUCUGACUCCGGGGCAAUACAGCUUCGCCUGGACCUGGAUCUCCAAGCUGGCAGGUCAGCCCGAGUACAUGAACUGUGCCCCCAUCACCGUCACCGCUGCCAAGGCCAAGCGCGACAACGAGGGUGUCUCCCUGCUCCCCCGAGAUGAUUCCUACCCGGAGCUCUUCGUAGGCAACCUCGCCGACAUCAACUCUUGCAAGUCCACGCCAAGCACAGACCCCGAGUAUCCCGACCCAGGAACGAACGUCGAAAAGCUAGGCGCGUCCCCUUCUUUUGCAUCAAUCUCGGGCAGCGGUUGCGUCCCCAAGGGACUGAAAGAAGGCGCUGGCUCCCUCCCUACUGCUACCGCCGGAAACUCGGGCGGGGCUGCAACGGGAAACACCCAGGCCGCGAGCGCGAGCGCGACCCCUUCCUCAGCCGCCGGGCAGCAGAGCUCCAGCGCCGGUGCCGGGUCUCCCUCAGGCGGCGUCUUUGCGACCACUGGCGGUGGAGCCGCGGGUAGUGCGGCCUCGCCCACCACGCUGGUGACCAGCACCUCACCCCCUCGAGCGAGCUCCGUCUAUGUUAGCCCCGUGACGCCCGCCCCGGUGGCAUCCUCGACCUCGUCCUCGGACGACUACAGCUCUGCGACCGACUCCGCUUCCGUAUCUGCGCCUCCCGCCGCUACCGACUCAUCUUCUGCUUCCGCGCCUGCGUCCACCUCGGCAGAGACAUCAGCGGCCGCGCCCUCGACAACCAAGCCCGCCCCGUCCGCGACCCUCUCCCCCACGGGCGGCGGCUCGGGCUCGGGCGGCAACUCGACCGGCUCGGACGGCGGCUCCUCCUCCGGCAAGUCGGGCCCCUGCACGUCCGAGGGCAUGUUCAACUGCAUCGGCACACAGUACCAGCAGUGCGCGUCCGGCGCGUGGACCGCGAUGAAGGCCCUGCCCGGCGGCACGACCUGCCAACAGGGCGAGUCGGAGAACCUAUGGGCGCGCGACACCACUCGCCCCAACCGUGUGCGCAAGCUGCGCUGGGGUGGCAAGCGGUGGAUGACCCAGGGCGUUUAA